AGGAAUUCCAUGUUGUGUAUAUUGUUAUCAAAACUGCCAAUUCACCCCGACCUGGGACAUGGAUUUUGGAAAGAUCGACAGAUUUUGGUCAGACGUACACCCCAUGGUAUUAUUUCGCACCAUCACGCAGUGAAUGCUUGGAUCUGUUUAAAGUUAACCCUCUUGUACCACUUAGCAGAGAUGAUCAAAAACAGUGUGUCAGUAAAUAUUCUGAAAUUCCACCAUUUGAGAAUGGAGAGAUGUAUAUUUCCCUUGUGAAUGGCAGGCCCAGUGCAAAGCAGUACCAGUUCAGUCCGACACUACAGGUAACUCUUCAUCGUGUCAAACCUAAACCAUUCAAUUAUUUGAUGCCACUCGAGUGUCAAUGAGACAAUGACCUCUAAACCCAUUGAGUGGCACUACCACACCCCCCUUGACCAGGUAAAAUUGUAAAAUAAUAAAGUAGGAUGCUUUGCCACUUACAUUGUAAAGGGUUAACAUGAUUCUGAUUAGCCCUUUGAGUGGCAUUAGACACAGUAAAAUUAUAAGAGAUUGUUGUAAAAAAGAGAAGUAUGUGAAAAAAACAUGUAUAAUCCGCAUUUAUCAUAGUAAAAAUUUGUCAAUCAUUUUCUGUUUUAAAAAGGAAUGGAUGAAAGCUACAAAUGUACGACUGCGCCUAUUGAGAGCCAAGACACUUUUGGGAGAAUAUUUGCCUCUUGCAAAAGGUGAUCCCACAGUUACACGAAGGGUAAGUAUAGCAUCGCACUUACAAAUUUCUAGGGGGUCUAGGGGAGUUCCUAGGGGAGUCUCUGAAAUGGCAUUUCCCCCAUUUUGAGAGAAGAUUUAAACUUUUAUUUACUAGAUAAAACAUGAGCAGCCGAUCUGUAUCUGAUAUACAAACUCGAGCCGAAGGCGAGAGUUUGUAUAUCAGAUACAGAUCGGAUGCGAAUGUUUUAUCGUACUUAAAAAAUGACCCAUCUUAUGAGUUCAUUGGCGAAGUAAUUUUAAAAAUAAACAUUGUUUAUGUAAAUCAGGACAAAUCUUUAUCCGAUUUACAAACAUUGAUUAAACAUUAAUUUCUUUUGUAUUUUCCUCGUGAAUUAUUAAUGAUUUUUUAAAGAAUACUAAAGAUAUUUUCUAAACACACCAUUUACACAAAACUGUGUUUACACCAAGCACCUUAAAUAAACAUUGGUAGUUAUUUAAUUACUCAGUCCCCAGGCACACGCUGCAUAAUAUAAUCAUCUCGCCAUCUUCAUCGAUCAGGUUUCUAGGACAUCUCUGUAUUCAAUCUAUAUCGAUAGUAAACAACUAAUAGGGUGGAAUGUUAUUAGUACCUGAUUGAUUAUAUGAUUUUUGCACAACGUAUAACUAAUUAUUUCUUAACUAAUAAUAUACAUGAAACAAAUGGCUAAGAACAGUGCUGAAUUUUUUUUCGAAAUACAGUGCCAACAAGUGAAAUACAUAUAAUACUAUUGUUUGUGGAAACACCACGUAAAUUUAUUACUGCAAAGCUUUCGACCGUAAGCCCGGAUCUUCGUCAGUGCCAGUGUUCGCAUUUGAAAUCCCUUUUGAUGAUGCUGCUCAAAAUCCCAAUUUCCAAAUAAGACAAAAAUUCUGGGAACCUAACGUAACUUUGUAAUUCUCAAUCAUACCCCACGUUUAAGGAAAUUUUACUAAAUCUGAGGAAUUUUUUAACGAGAAUCUAAGGAAUUCCCAACCUCAUACCCAGGGUCCCCGUGUUUAAAUGUUCUGGUGCUCCCAACGCGGGCACCAGAACCUUUAAAGACGAGGAUCCUGGGUACGAGGUUGAGAAAUUCCAGGCAAUGGGAAAUGAGAGCACUGGCACUAAUGAAGAUCCGGGUUUACGGGUCGAAAGCUUUGCAGUAAUGAAUGUACGUGGUGUUUCCACAAACAAUAAUAUUAUAUGUUUUAUCGUCAUGCAAACUUGCAAAGAACUUAAGUGAAAUACAGUAAAAAAAAGUGAAAUACAGUGCAAGAAAAUGAAAUACAGUACAAAACGUGAAAAUUAUCUAUUUCGCAUGUGACCUACGCAUGGACAUGACUGCAUAAUUUUUUCAAGUAUAUUAUUAUAUACAGUCGAUUUCAAAAAAUUUUGACCACAAAUGUUCCGAACUUCUCGCAAGUUCGUUGCGAAGUUCAAAAGUUCAUAAUGAAUUCACAAACCAGUUUGUAAACAAUGCAUUUGAUUGGCUUCCUUUGCUACAGGGACCAAUCAGAAACUUUGUUUACAAAUUGGCUUGUGAAUUCCAAUAUGAACUUCCGAACUUCGCAACUUAUCCUGCACGAGGAAUUAAAAUGCCUUCGCCGUAUUUUCGCGGGAUUCUCAAAAUGUCAUUGUUUCGCUGUAGUUAUUUUAUAAAACAAUUACCAAAUGAUUUUCCAAGCAGGAUAGCGUGUUCCAUGCACUUGGGAUGUUACUCGACUUUCGGAAAGCGUAAAAAUACACUCGCCUGCGGCUCGAGUAUUUUUACUCUUUCUGAAAGUCUCGCGACAUCCCUCGUGCAUGGAUCACGCAAUCCUGCACGGAAAACCAUUCGGUAUUCCUUUAAUAGUACGGUUUCUCGUGCAAUUUGGAAAAUUUUGAUCGUCUUUGAAAAACUCACUCGUGCAUGUUUCCCCCAAAUUGCACUCGAAACCAUACUAUAGCCUGUGAGCAGGCUAACCAUCCUAUUACCUAGUAUACAGAUGAACACGAUCUCUAGGCUUCUCCAGGCGGUAAUCAGUGGUCGUGGAAACGGUAAAUUUUAUAGGUUACCGCCUGAUUAGGAGAACCCUGUUAGCUCUCAGCUGUAAGUAAGAAUAAUUAGGACACCCCCACUUACUUACAGUAUACUUACUUUUUUUAGUAUUUCUAUUCGAUAAAAGACAUCACAAUUGGAGGCCUGUGUAUCUGUAAUGGUUAUGCGGAUCAAUGCUUACACGGACCCAGUGAGGAGCGUACGUUCUGCCAAUGUCAGAAGAACACCUGUGGCCCAUCAUGCUCUGAAUGUUGUCCUCAAUAUAACCAGUAUAAAUGGAAAUCUGCCUUUGAAGGUGGAGAGGGUUGUGAAGGUACAGAAGACAAAUAUUUUAUUUUACCAAUCUUGCGUACCUGGAAAGAAUACACCCUUCCGGAAAGAACGUCACUUUGGGUAAAGAGCCUCCUUUUCGUGUAUGUCAUGAUGUCAUAUACAUACAUACAUACAUUUAUAAUAUAGCAUUUGUAAUUUCUGAACGCUGAUUGGCUAAGAGCCGUGUUGAUGUAACUCAAUGUCAACACGGAAACGUCGGAAAAUUUCUUUCUUUAUGUUUCUUUGUGCUAUAUUAUAAAACAAAUAUAAAACAUUUUUUCCGUAUUGAUAUACAGUUAUAUCAACACAAGUGGAAAUUGGGAAAACUCGAAAUUGUGUGGAACCGGGCGGAGUGUUUCCACACAAUUCCGAGUUUUCCCAAUUUCCACUCGUGUUGAUAUAACUGUAUAUCAACAUGGAAAAUGUUUUAUAUUUGUUAAAUACAGUAUUAUUCAGCUCACUCCCCAACGGGGCUUUUCAGUGACUGAUUACAUCAAGUAUUACGCUUACUUGUAUUAUCUACUUAACCUAGACUAUUUAUUUUUACAAUAAUUGUGAUAUCACUUUCCUAUAACUAUAUGUUUGUCCUAACCCACCCUGUCGACUUUGCCUGCAUGUGGGAGGAAACUGGAGCGCCCGGAGAAAACCCACGACUUUCGGCAGAACGUUGACUGACUCUAAAGUCACAUAGACCCGUAGCGAGAAUCGAACUCACAUCUCAGAGGUGAAAGGCGCUUGCUCUGAUGACUGCGCUACCGAAGCUCACGUUUAAUUAGCCUACGGUGUAGACCCCAGCAGAAACACGUUUCGUGGGGGGUCUACGAAUAAACGAAGAAAAGCUUGCCCGGCCUACGUCAUAUCCGUUUUGCGUAAAUUAACUUCAAUUUAUUCAAAUUUCUGAAGCGUGCGUGAAUGUAAAUUUUCAUUUGGCGCUUAUUAAAAUGUUCCAUGGCGGGCUUUGUGCAAUAAAAUAUACCCUGACUAUAUAUAUACCCAACCAUUAAACACAUGUUCGAACAGACUAAAAAGUUCUUGUCAUUCGUACAAACUGUUAGGCUGUUGAAGGCUUGAAACUUGUCAAGUCAAGAUAUCUAAUUUCCGAAGUCGAAGACAAAGUCGAUUUCACACUAUUAAAUGUAGGCUAUGUAGCCGGCAUAAAAGCUUUAUCGCAAGUCGGCUCGAAUCCUAGUUGGUUCACGACAUUUAUCAAUAGCGUUUAAUGCUAUUUCGUGCACGUUAGUUAUCGUAUUGUCUAGGCUCUAGCUCACAUAUUAAACCGUUCUUUGAAGCUUCUCCGUUUCACCGUUUGUUUACCAACACCAGGCGGCCAGGCAUGCUUUACAAAUGCUAUUUGUAGGUGAAAUGGAGAAGGAAAGGUCGUCUAACUCCUUACGUACAGUGUCCUUGCUGUCCAAGAAUUUUAUUCGACGGAACUUUGAAGCAAAGAACACAUUUGUAUUGCACAAAGCCCGCCAUGGAACAUUUUAAUGCCUUUAAUAAGCGCCAAAUGAAAAUUUACAUUCACUCACGCUUCAGAAAUUUGAAUAAAUUGAAGUUAAUUUACCCAAAACGUAAAACGGAUAUGACGUAGGCCGGGCAAGCUUUUCUUCGUUUAUUCGUAGACCCCUCAAGAAACGUGUUUCUGCUGGGGUCUACACCGUAGGCUAACGUUUAAUCGUCUCGAUCACGAGAACAAGGCUGUAUAGUCAACGUGGCGCACUUUCCAGAAGGGUGUAUUAGCAGGAUUCGUAGCGGUCUUUGAAAUCCUUGAAAGUCUUUAAAUUGGAAUGCAGGUCUUUGAGGUCUUUGAAAAGUCAUUAAAUUGUGUGAAAAAGCGAAGAAAGUCUUUAAAUUCUUUAGUGAGGAAUUGAUUAUACGAUUUCCUAGCUAAUAAAAUAGAUUGAUUGAAUCAAGAUUUUCGCAAAUAUCGACGAAAAUGCGCAUUUUAGGAUGUGAUUUGACGGGACUAAUUACUGGGUAAAAAUGGUGCUUACACUCGCAAUUUUUCGACAGCUGAUUGCUCUCAAAGGUCUUUGAAAAGUCUUUGAAAAUAGGCAGAAAAAAUCUUUGAAAGUGUUUGAAUUUUUUUGGUCUUGAAGACUACGAACCCUGAUUAGGGACUUUAAGAUCUUACCGACGAACUACUACUUGUCUUGUCUACUGUUACAGUAUCUUUGCAUUACAAACUUUAUAACUCAAAUGCUUUUAUAUGUACGGCUUUGUACAUUUGCGUAAGUUUCAUCUUCUGUUUUUUAUGAAAAUAUUCUCCUGCAAAGGACAACUGUCUGGCCAAGUCUAAAAUGGUCAGACAUUUAUCAAUAUUUCUUAGACAAUUUCCCAGGGGUGCACCUGGCCUCAUUUAUUAGCGGGGGUGGGGGUUUACAGAGGCUCUGGGGGCAUUCUGCCUCGGAAAUUUUUUGAAAUCUUCUAUAAACCAUGUUAUAAGAAGGCGAUUUGUAUUGGUAAUUAAAUCUUUCAAUGCACUUUGGUUUCAUUGAUAAAAAUGAAGUCAAUUUUGUUUGAGAUUGGAGAUUUGACUAGCCUAAAUCGCUGGUCACAUGUCCAGUUAUAAAAAUUUUGAUCGGACAAAAGUUAAAAUUUGGCCGGACGAUGUCCUAUGACCGGCACUGAUUUCCAGGCUUGCUUUGCGUAGUCAGUUUCGGGUUAUCCCAAAAAUUGACAAUUUAAUGUUGGAAAAUCAAUAUCAAUGAUAUCUGCAGUGAAAAUCAAUGUGUCGCAAGACGUUUGGCAAUAGUUAACCGCUAAACCAUGCAUUAUAGUAUUAUUUUUUUGUGAUGUGUAAUAUUAUAAGCAUAAAGUGAUUAUAUCUCAAUAUCUUCUUGCAGCUUGUAACUGUUUUGGACAUUCAGACAGAUGUUACUUUAGUGAAUCGGUAGAAAAAAAUAACAGAAGUUUGAACCUUGCUGGUGAAUUCCGUGGUGGCGGAGUUUGUGUUGAUUGUCAAGAUAAUACCUUUGGAAACAACUGCCAGUUUUGUAAACACAAAUUCUAUAAUCCAACUGGAGUGCCAAUGACGAGCAAGGAUGCUUGUGUCCGUAAGUAAAUUCAGAGAUGCAGAUUCGAGUCAUGCGACUUGGACUCGAGUCGCAAUUUUUGUGACUUAAAUAAUCAGAUUAACGACUUGUGACUUGGACUCGAACAAAAUGGCUUAUACCUUGACUUGGAUUUGCAAGAAAUAACUUGUUACUAAUGCAAGUCAAGCGUAAAGUCGUAAAUAUACUGUACAGCCUGGGUCUGAAAUUUGCAGUAUCACGAUAUCCACGGGAUACUAAAAUUUGGUUUUGGAUACCAAACUGCAAAUGACUUAUAACCCAACUGGAUACAAAGAAAAUUUUAAACAUUAGGAAAAUGUUAAGCACCUCUGACAGUCUCUAUACUAUGAGUUUGCCACCCAACCCUUUCCUCAUAUUAUGUGCAUUUGUGCGUAUUAAUGAAUUGUCUAGUUGUUGAUUGUUGAACCUGUUGUUAUUGUAAUUUGUAACAGUGAGAGUUAUGGAAACUUAUUUGGAUGGGACGGGGUAUAACACUUAUGGUAACCAGUCAUCAGAAAUGGGAUACUCAGGGUGGGUGGGUGGUGGUGGGGGGGGUACUAAACUUUGAAUCGUGCUUUCCCAGUUGGACGCUGAGAAAAAAUUUAAAUUUCAGACCCUUUGUACAGCAUGUAUCUAGUGAAAAUCAACUCUUCUACGACUUGCACUGGAAAUUCAUUGAUGCGUAGUAUGAUUGUGAGCUAGUAUAUUAAUAUAUAAUUGUCAUGGGUGACUCCUUAGUUCGUUGCGGAAAGAACUGCACAGGAUGACUUACAUCUUCACUUCAUCACAGACAAAAUGACUUGUAACUUGACUUGGCCCAAAUUAUUGUUUUUUGAAACUGCGUCUUAAAAGCAACUUUAAAACGGACAAAAAGACAGGUUUAUUAAUUUGAAGUUUCUGUUAUUUUUUCUAGCGUGUAACUGUGAUGGACAGUUUUCGACUGGAGAAUGUUUCAAUGGAGAUGGACGUUGUAAAUGCAAAGCUAACUAUACAGGAAUGACAUGUGAAAGAUGCAGUGUCGGGUAUUUCGGUUUUCCUGAUUGCAAACGUAAGUUGCUUAUCUAAAGACUCAUUUCCACUCAAGAACAUUUUCCAUGGACAGAAAAUUUUCCAAAAAUAUUAUUUUUCAUUUCCAUCCCAAGGGCACAGUGGCGCCACCAGAAUUUUUUUUUUUUGGGGGGGGGACAACUUAAUUUGUGAGUAACAAUGCUAAGGGAAUCCUGGGGCAUGCUUCGUCGGAACAAAAAUGCCUUUGGGGUCUCUGAAUUUAACCAGGAAUUUAAUGUUAACCCAAAUACAGUAGGGUUAUUUGUAGGUUAACCAGACACAUGUUUACCAGAGUGUUUUUAAAGUGUAAAAAAAAAACCCGAGUGAAAUGAUCAAUUAUACUGUGUGUUUUAUUCCUGCAGCGUGUCAAUGUAACGCAGCCGGUACACGAGAUGGACUGUGUGAAGCAAAUGGUGCUCAAUGUCCUUGUAAAGAUAAUUAUGCCGGAGCAAAGUGUGAUCAAUGUGCUCGUGGAUUUUACAACUUUCCACUAUGUGUUGGUAAGUUGCUAGAUACCUGUAUACUGUAGAUACUGCGGUGUAUAGGCUAGGGAAAGAUGGACGGAAUAAUUUGAUGAAGUUACAUUGUAGGUUAACCAAGGUUUAAUAAUAUCAUAUAGGAACCGCGCGCAGUAAUUUGUGUUGUUCAAAUCAUUCCAUUCCCUCUUUUCCAUGAUGAUAAUGAUGGUUUGCGAUAAAUCGUUGUCCGUCCUGCUAUUUAAACCUAUAUAUAUGUUUUGCUCUAUGACUAUGUUAUAACUUGGUAUUAUUUAUUGCUUUAUAUACAGUAGUGUGCUAUUUUAUAAUUGUUAAGGGAGGUGCCUUGCAUGGGACCAGGCUUUUAGCCAGAAGGGCGUCCCUGGACGAAUAUAGAACAAAAAGUGGACGCCUUUGGACGCCCAAAUUCUGGGGGAAAAGGGAAAUUAUUUUCAAUGAUUCCAUAAGGAUAUUAAUAUAUCCGAAACGAAAUAGCUACAAUUCUCAUUAUUAUUAUACAUUUGACAUUUUGAUCAAUUUGAUGGAGAAAAUGUCGUAGUUAAGUAAAGAAGCAUAGCGGCACAAACUCACAAAGCCAAGUGUGUUUGAAAAAUUUCGAACGAGCUUGGACAUAAAGUAACGUAAACUUCAAAGGUUUUCCAGAGGAACGUUUUCUUAACCCCCCCCCCCCCUCUUUACUGUAGACGUAUUGUUAUGCCAAAAUUGGACGCCCUCUUUUAGGACCCUGGCUAAAAGCCUGCAUGGGACCGACGUAUCGUCUGCUUGCAUGUUCCUUUUUGGGCCAUAAUAAUUUAUGUUAGUGUUGUUAUACUGUAGUCCAAUAAAGUUGUUAUACUCCUUUUUAGAGUGUCAAUGUGAUGAACGUGGUUCUUAUACUGAUGCAUGCAUAGUUGGUACUGGUCAAUGUCGAUGUUUACCAAAUUUUAAAGGCAGAAGAUGCAACCAAUGUGCUGAUGGUUAUUAUGGGUAUCCAAAUUGUAGAGGCACGUGAUAUUUUGACUUUUUGAAUAUGAACUAUCACCUAAAAAAAGGAUUGUCGUUGAUGAGAGUACACACGCAAAAAUCUCACAUCUUGUAACAAGUCUGCCAACAAGCCGUCAACAAAUUGUGUUCGCACUGCUCUCCCAAGUUGUCAGCAAGUUUGGAACAAGCUGUUAACAACUUGUAACAACCUUUUUGAUAUUAUCAGACUUGUUGCAAGGUUGUUCCAACAAGUCCGUUACAGUCAUGACACAACAAUAUUGUUACAACCUCGUGUCGUCAAUCUUGUAACAUUCUUGUUAUAUCAUGACUGUAUCAGACUUGUUAGAACAACCUCGUAGCAAGUUUGAUAAUGCCAUCAAGCUUGUUACAAGUUGUUAUCAGCUUUUCCCAAACUUGUUACAGCAACUAGGUGCAAUAUAAGCAGUGCGAGCACAACUUGUCAACAGCUUGCGAACAAAUUUGUUUGUAGACCUGUACAAUUUGCGCGUUUUUACGUGUGUAGACAAGCAAGAAUUUGCACGAGAAUUUUGUGGAGUCAAUCAGGGGCGUAGGAAUCGGGGGGGGGGCAGGCCCCCAAGUUUUGCCAAGUGCCCUUUUUCCGGGAGCCAAGUGCCCUUUUCUUGCGUGAAAAAGGUCUUAAGGAUUGCCUUUUUUUGCCCAAAGGGCACUUUUGAAAACUUUAAUUUAUGUUAUUUUCCGGAAAAUUUGUUUCAUUUCCGGAAAAAACUGAUAUAUCCGGAAAAUUUUUUGGUGUGCCCGGAAAAAUGUUUUUCAUAUUUAGGAAAAAAAUGUGAUAUAUCUGGAAAACAUUUUUUUGGUAUGUCCGGAAAAAAUUUUGAGACCUCCGCCCGGAAAUAUUUUUUAGAUGCCCUUUUUUAUUCGGAAAGUGCCCCUCAAAGCUUGCCCCCCAACUUUUAGAACCUUCCUACGCCCCUGGAGUCAAUUUCAAUGCGUGUUGAUUAAGAGGCAAAUUACUAAAUACGUAUAGGUUAUUUUGAGGCAACGAGGGGAUAUGUGAUUUAUUCACCGAGGCGCGUAGCGCCGAGGUGAAUAAACACAUAUCCCCGAGGUGCCUCAAAAUAACGUACUUAUUUUUCACAUUGCGAGGUCGCAUUAAUGAGUAAGAAUAGAAAUAAUUCUUAAUGCCAUAUUGCCUUCGUUAUGUUGUUUUUUUCUCAUUUUUUGUGCUGCAAAGACAUUGCAGGUGAAUAUUAGAGGGGAUUAUUAAUUGCAGGUGAAUAUUAGAGGGGAUUAUUAAACGGAAAUUGAUUAGAGGGGAAUAUUGAAUAUAUUCCCCGAUAACAACAAAGGAAACCGAGCAGGGUGAAAAAUAAGAGGCAAUAUCAUCAUCAUACUGUAAACGUUUAAAGUGCCACUAACACCAAAUAUGAUUUUGGUAUGUGUAAUAUUUGAAUCAUUUUAAAAAGAAAUGUAAUAUCUUUUAUAGCAAAAAAUCUCAUCUUGAUCAAUUUAAUUACUGUCAAAGUUUCCAAAUAUGCAAAAAAACAACAAAAGAGAACUAAUUUUGAAAUAAUCUAAUAAUAUCAUAUCCGGUAGCUUCUAUACAGUGAAAAGGUUAAUCAAGAUGAGGUUUUUUUACUAUAAAGAUAUAUACUACAUUUCUUCUUAGAAUUCCCCAAAUAUUAUACACAUACCUAAAAACACAUUUGGGUUGGUGGCAGUUCAAUAAGCAUGCCUUGUUUUUUAAAUCAGAUUUUGUUGGAAAUUGCUGCAAUUUUGUUGCUUGUAUAAGACACACCGGAUGCGAUUCGACAACGCGACGCGAUUUUUCGAUUUUCACUGACCGAUAACUUUGAUCCUAGUUUAAAUUUUCCAAAUAUUUAGAAGCACAUUAUAUAGAAGUACAUAUAACAUUUGGGAGUUAUUUGGUCUACAUAUCAUUAAAAAUUUGCUCUCGAAUCGCGUCCGGUGCGUCUGGACCUUUGAUCUUUAUAACCCUCUCUAAUGGGUGAUUCCAGCUACAGACUAAAUUUUGAUCAAGGCAAGAUGAAUGAAAUCCAACACUCCAGCUAGAAAGAACGUCUUAGAAUGAGUAAAAGUGCAAAAAUUGGUUACUAAAUGUUGUAAAAUGAAGGAAAAUAUAGCCAAAAAUUUUGUAUAUAUUUGUAUUACGCGCAGUAAAAAUAAUCACUUUCGGCUCAAAAAUGGUUAUUUUUCCCGCGCGUAAUGCAAAUAUAUACAAAAUUUGCGAACUUCACAGGGCUAUAUAUUUCCUCAUUUUACAACAAUUCGCAACCAAACUUUGCAAUUUUACUCAUUUUAAGAUGCUCUUUCCACCUAUGGUUGUUCUUGUCUAGAUCAAAAUUUCGUCUAUAGCUGGCAGAAUCAUCCAUUACAUUGUCGACCGUUGUAAUGAUAUUGUUUUAUAUUUAGCGUGUUCAUGUGAUACGAACGGCGUGACUGAUGAGGUGUGUGAUAAAGGAUCUAGUACUUGCAUCUGUAAACCUGGAUUCAAUGGAACUCGUUGUGGUAAUUGCGCAAUAGGAUAUUAUGGAUAUCCAUCCUGUCGAGGUAAUUCAUGUUUCUAAUAAGCUUUAAUCGAACUCACUAAAAUUUACAAAAAUACAGUGAAACCCCGUUAAUACGGUCACCAACGGGCCGAAAUAAUAUGGUCGUAUUAACGGGGUGGCCGUAUUAACGGAGUGAGAUCAAAUUUCAAUUGUGACGUCAUGAAAGCUAUGUUUAUUCGAAAAUCACAAUAACACCAUACCCCACCAUAAUACCAAUUAAUAACUAAACAUUAUAAAGUUCAGAUAAAGUUUCCACUAAUUUUAAGGAAACAAUGUUAGGGAAUACAACGUCGCUAAAGAACCUUGUAUUCUUUCUUUUCCUUUGCGCGACUGAUAAUAAAAAUUAAAAAAUUAGUAAUAUGAUGCAACUUGAAUUUUGUGUUUCACUGCACAAGGUGUCUUAAAUUAUACUGCAUUUCCGUCCGUAAACACAUUAACUUUUUUGAGUGACCGUAUUAACGGGUGAUUUCUUUAGUUCGGGACUCUACAAUAUGGCCGUUGGCCGUAUUAACGGGGUGGCCGUAUUAACCGGGUAACUUUAUUAUAAAAUGUAUUAGUAUUUCGCCGGGACAAAAAAAAGUGACCGUAUUAUCGAGGUGACCGUAUUAACGGGGUGGCCGUAAGACGGGAUUCCACUGUAGUAGACAUUACAAACAGGAAAAGGCGAGUUAGAUAAGGGAUUGGCAACAAGGCAAACCCCGUACAUUAAUUAUAACUAAUGAGAGUAUAGACCGCGAGCAGUCCCUCGAGAGAAAGGAGGGACUUCCAACAACACAUCAAGAAACGAAAUACGCGUUGCUCACACAACGCAAAAUUCCCAUUGGUCGAAAUCGAUGUGUCUGUCAAUCAAAUCUGAUAUGUAUAGCAAUUAUGCUAUAAAUAAUUUCCAGACUGAAUGUUGAUUUUCUAAAUAAAAUGACAUUAACGGUUUCUAUUGGAUAGAUUUAAUUGGAUAUAAGUAAUGUUUAUGCAAAGGCGGAGCCAACUUGACAAGAGCGAAAAGUGGGCGUAUUUCUUUUUUUGAUGUGUUGUCGGCAGUCCCUCCUUUCUCCUCGCACGCCCGGGAAUCUAAACCCGCGGAAAGGAUGGACUACUCGCAGUCUAAUGACACUAGGACAACAAAAUGCCCAUAAAAGUUUCCUAAAUACUACUGAGCGGCAUACGCCAUAUUCGUCAUCCAACGCUAGUUUCAAAUGAACCUAAUGACUGAAAAUAAGUUUGUAAUUUUAGUUUUACACCCGUUUUCAAAACUGGGCGACCAACCCGAAAAUAAUUUCAGGGCUUAUACACGGACCACAUCUUAGGUUAAUAGUAAGAAAACACGUACUAUAUUUACGGACCGAAACUGCACGUAGUCUUAGUUGAAAUUUAAUGCUAUGUAGUGGAUUUUUUUGUGUAAUUUACCGGUAUUAUAGUGUGAUGGGCUUAUAUACGGGUGGGCUUAUGUAGGGGUGGGCUUAUAUUCGGGGGGCUUAUAUCUGGGGCUUAUAUACGGAAUGGUGUGACCGUUAGUAAUUUGAUGGGCUUAUAGAGGGGGGGGGGGCUUAUAUUCGGAAGUUUACGGUACACCAAGACACGAAGCCUUGCACCGUUCACCGACGCCGAGGUGAAUAAUUGUUACCAUGCAUAUACUGUACCAUAACAAGACAAAAUGACCCAAAAACAACGCUUUAUUAUACAAUUUCUAUCGCAGCUCCUGGAAUAGUUGUAAAUAAAACAGUAUUUACAAGCUUUUAUUAGUUUUAUUCGUUAGAAUUAGUUUCAAAAAAUACCUUUACACACUGUUAAACAAAACAUUGUGUAUAUGUCUGUCGAAAUUGCGCUUCGUUUAGUAAACAAAAUGCUUUUUAUAACUGAAACAAAACGCGAAGACAUUUUGUUUUGGUAAUAGUGCAAAGAAGAAUAUUCACCUCAGGAUAUUCACCUAUAAAAAUCUUUAUAUUUCAUUGUAGCUUGUCAGUGUUUUGGCGAUGGUUCUACGGGCCCUGAGUGUGAUGGCAGCGGUCGCUGUAGUUGUAAGCCACAGUAUGCAGGUUUCAAAUGUGAGCGGUGUGCUGUUGGUUAUUAUGAUUACCCGAGAUGCAUUGCGUGUACAUGUGACAGACAAGGUUCACUGGGCGAUUACUGUAACCCCGACAAUGGUCAGUGUCGAUGUAAAGAGAACUUCUCUGGAACAUUCUGUCAUCGUUGUAAGCCAGGUUUCUAUGGUUUCCCUGACUGUCAGGAGUGCGGAUGUGAUCCUGCUGGUGUAAGACCAUUGCCUGGACGACCGUUAGGAGAUUGCAGCUCAUCGCACACGGUAUGUAACCAUACUCAAACCUGGUUUAUGCAGCGUGUGAUUAGGCUUAAAAUGUAUUAUCGUGGCCUAGCACAAGCCGCUGACACAGACGUACUUCCCAUAAAGUCUGUCGCCGGUGUGGGGUGGGGAGGGGAGGGGGAAGGUUCGCCCGUUUUAAUAUGUUAAAAACUCGUAGCACCAUCAUUUUAAUACCCGUAGCGCCCCUCUUAAUCCAACGUCUCCAGUGCAAACAACAAAGGUACAUAGAACAGUUCCCAUAGAACAGUAUCCAUGGAGAUGUAUUACCUUGCUUGAUUAGUUGAAUGUCAAUAACAAACAGGUUGAAAAUUGAUAUCAUUUCGCUCUCUGGGCUGAGAUUUGUUUCGCCAUAUGCAGUACCAAGGCUUUAUAUAGUACAGCACAGCACAGCACAGCACAGCACAGCACAGCACAGCACAGUACAGUACAGUAUAGUAUAUGCACAGUGCAGUACAGUGCAGUGGGAUACAGCUACCUGAAAAAUACAAACAGAACGCCGACGUUUCGAGCGAAGGCUUUUCGUCGGGAAGUUAGUGGCGGGGGUUGGGAAAAUUACAUGAGCUUUUAUACUAUUGAAUAUAAAAGCGAUCACGUGACAAAAGCAGACAUUGACGGUACUUGUUGUAGGUUUCCAUAUAUUUCUAGGCAUUUGAAUGAAGUUUAUUAAUUUGCCACAAAUAAUUACAAAAUAAAACAACAAUUUGACCUAGUCCAACUAGAAGCCGAGGCUUAUUAAUUGCUAGACUACCUCGUGUCAAAUAUUAAUGAAUAAGUUACAUAAAUUUAUAUGAAGUAGAAUAAUGAGCAGUCACUAUAUAACAAGGAAACUAAUAUAAUACAAAGGCACACACAUAAUAUCAAAAGAAACUUAGAUACAUAGACACAUAGAUACACACAAUACUAUUUAGUUACAAUUUCAGCAGGGUCUGAAAUUGGGAAACCACGAUUCAAAGUUUAGUAUCCCCCCUGAGAAUCCAGUAUUCCCUUUCUGGAUACUGGAUACCAUAAGUAUUAUACCCUAUCCCAUCCAUAAGUUUCCAUAACUCUCACUGUUACAAAUUACAAUAACAACAGGAGAUUCAACAGUAAACAACUAAACAAUUCAUUAGUACACACGAAUGCGCAUAAUAUGAGGAAAGGGUUGCGUAGCAAACUCAUAGUGUUCAAAUGCUAUCAGGAGGCUGCUAGAAGUGCUUAACAUUUUCCUAAUGUUUGAAAUUUCCUUAGUAUCCAGUUGGGAUAUAAGUCAUUCACAGUUUGGUAUCCAAAACCAAAUUUUAGUAUCCAGUGGAUAUCGGGAUACUGCAAAUUUCAGACCCUGAUUUCAGGCAGUUGUAUCUUUGGCAAUCCUCAGUUAUCUGAUUAUCGUUCGAGAUUUAGAUUGAUGUUGUUUAAUUCAAUUUUCGUCAACAGGGUCAAUGUGAAUGUAAGCGGUUUGUUCAAGGUCAAGACUGCAGUGAAUGUAAACCGAAAACGUUCAACCUUACUGCAAGUAAUCCAUUUGGGUGUCAAGAAUGUCGCUGUAACGUUGCUGGGGUUAUUGGUGGUAUUGAAAUAUGCGACGAAAAAACUGGACGGUGUUUAUGUAAGGAACGUGUGACUAGCAAGAGAUGCGAAUUUUGUAAAGAUGGAUAUUAUUCUCUCAGGCACUCAAAUGCUUUUGGAUGUUCAGGUAAUGAUGGCCAGUGUCUCAGCCCUCAGGUGCAAAUUAUAUUAUAGGGGGAGGGACAUAUUUUAGAGAGGGUUAUGUGCGAUUUUUAGGUGGGGGAAAUAGAAAGCUUGAGCAAGAAACGAAAUACGAAGGCGUAUACUUGAUAAUGUUUUGCCCGUCUGCACAUUAUUAUUAUUAUUACUAUAAAAUUCAUAUUGCGUAUAUAUCAAUGGAAGUACAUUUUCAAAUACGUAUUACAAGAAUUAAAAGAACUACGUUAUAUUCAUAUUCUACAAAUACUAAUCUAUAACGUAUCAACUUAAAUUAUAGUCAAACAAACUUCAAGCAAAAGUUUUCUUAGAUAAAAAUUUCUUCAAAGACUUUUUGAAUAUGUCAAUAAAGGCGCUCAUCCGCAGCGAACCAGGUAAAGCGUUGCUGCAUAUACAAAAGCCAUCACCCAAUGUGGCAUAGGAACGCGCCACACAUUAUCUUGCGCAUGCUCAGUUUGGGUUUGGGCUCACCGGUGGUUGCUUAACUUAAUUAACGUGUCUUCCCGUUAUAGAUCCAUGUCUCGCUGUUUGCGAAUACUGACCCUAAUCCUUACCCUGACCCAGACAAAGCAGUGAGACAUGGAGCUCUAUCCCGUCUUUGUUCUUCUGCCAAAGUAUUCGUUCUGAACGAUGGUAGAAGAACGAAGACGAGAUAGAGCUUCAUGUCUUUCUGUUUUGUCUGGGUCAGGGUACUCAUUAGGGUCAGCAUUCAUAAACAGCGAGACAUGAAUAUAUAACCAUCGUUAAUAUUCGUUGAAUAACCAUCGGAGAUUGGAAUUUUUCUCUUUAUAUGUUCUGUAAUAGAAUUGACACACUGCACAUCCUCGCCAGGUUGCUUAGCGCAAAAUAGAGAGAUAUACACAGGGUGGAUAGCCGAUUAAGCGUCAAACGUUUCUCAGAGCUUCAACCGCUUGUCUACUUCUAUUGGUUAUCUGCUAGAUUCCAAGCGAUAAAAUUUUGGGCAGCAGUCAAAAAUCCACUAUGUCUAGAUCUAACGGCAAUGACUGACUACGGGUAGUGUUUCUUUUGCGGUCUCAGCCACACACAAGAAGUUAUCGAUCUCUAAUUCUAUAUACAUGCUCUCUUAAACCAGUGCAACCAUAGAUAUCUUAUAUACACUAGAUAGUGCAUCUCUAUUAGUAAAAUUGAAGCCAAGAAUAUUCCAGCGGUUACUUCCAUUUGAAUAGAUGACGGCCAUGUUGGUAGGUCCCACUCGCUAAUAAACGCUUAAAAAACAACAAUAACUUUCAUCAUUUGAAUAGUUUAAAAAUGGAAUAAACUUAAUGUUUAAGUUCCCUGUUUAAGAAAUAGAAAACGUAUGAAUCCUCUCACUUCAUGGGAAUAUCCUGAGACUGCACUCACGACUUCAAUUUUUAAAUUACAGAAUAAUUAGAUGCACUAUCUAGUGUAUAUAAGAUAUAUAUGAGUGCAACCUGUAAAGCUUGUAAAGUUGGAUAAACCAAAAGUGUCUCAUGUAAAUGUAUGAUAUUUUUCUACAGGUUGUAAUUGUGAUGUUGGUGGUUCAUACAGUCAGAUUUGUGGCAAGAGUACUGGGCAAUGUAAAUGCCGUUCUAAUGUUGGAGGACGAACUUGUGACAGGUAUAGUAACUACUGUAUACUACCCUUAUGUCUGACAUAUAACCAUAGAACUACCUAUACCUAAGAAGUACCUAAUGUGUAUUUGCCUAUCUGGGAAAAAGCCAGAGUCCGGCAAAUGGAUACCAGCUAUACUACCUAUAUACGUAAUUUUGAUCUAGACAAGAAGAACGAAAUGACCAUAGCUGGAAAGAGCAUCUUAAAAUGAAUAAAAUUGCAAAGUUUCGUUGCGAAUUAUUGUAAAAUGAGGAAAAUAUAACCCUGUGAAGUUCGCAAAUUUUGUAGUAAUAUUUGCAUUACGCGCGUUAAAAAUAACCAUUUUUGAGCUGAAAGUGGUUAUUUUUACCGCGCGUAAUUACAAAUAUAUACAAGAUUUGCGAACUUCACAGGACUAUAUUUUCUUCAUUUUACAACAUUUAACAACCAAUCUUUGAAGUUUUACUCAUUCUACGACGCUUUUUCUUCCUGUGCUGUUGGAUUUCGUUCUUCUUGCCUUGAUCAAAAUUUAGGCUAUAGGCAUAGCUGGAAUCACCCAAUGGACCAUUAUGUAUGUAUGCAUGCAAAAUGAAGUAAAAAUCAAAACGUCGCUGAAUACUGAUCCAAGAGGCUCAAAAUUCGAUUGUCUUAUUGUUAUGGAACUAUGUUGUUUGGCCGCACCAAAAUAUUCUUCACUUUUAAUAAUGUUUGUUUUCUAGACCUUUACCCAAACAUUAUCAUGCCGACCUGUUUCAACUGCUCUCUGAAAUCGAAGAUGGCCGCACACCGGAGAAUACGUCAGUACGUUUCAGAUACAGCGAACAGGAGUUUCCGGGAUAUUCAUGGAGAGGAUAUGGCGUGUUUUCCGAUAUUCAG